AUGGCUGGCAAAAGAUCGCGCUCGAGCUUUGAGGCCGAUCUUCAAGCACAGCAGUCUCCGUACGCUUUCUAUGGCACCCCGCUGCCUCCCUUAGACCCUAGGACUCGCGACGAUGGCUCCUAUGUGCCAGUGUGGAAACAAGAAGUUACCGAUGAGCGAGGGCGGAAGCGACUGCACGGCGCCUUUACUGGGGGCUUCAGCGCCGGGUAUUUCAAUACGGUAGGCUCAAAAGAGGGGUGGACACCAUCGACUUUUGUGUCAUCCAGACAAAACCGUGCGAAAGAUGCGAAACAGCAAAGGAUCGAAGACUUUAUGGAUGAAGAAGAUAUCCGCGAGGCUGAGGAGUCCAAGGAACUACAGACAUCCGAAAAUUUUUCUGGAUUUGGCUCUACGCAGGCGCAGCUCGCAGGCAGGCGUGGUAUCAUGGAUCUUCUAAGGCAUGAGGGUGAGACGAUGGGCGCCAAGCUUUUAAAGAAGAUGGGCUGGAGAGAAGGGCAGGGUAUUGGUCCAAAAGUACGGCGAAGAGCCAAUCUUGGUGAUGGUGAUAUCUUGACUGGAGAUGAUACACGUCAUUCUGAAACCCAUCUAUUCGCCCCCUCAAAUCCACCAAUGGUGGCUUUUACACGAAAAACAGAUCAUUUCGGUCUUGGGUUUGCAAGAGAAGCGCGUCUCGACACAGGCUUACAAGUAGAGAGUGGUCCGGACCGUGAGAGUUAUAAUGAAGAUGAAAGUAGUGACACAUUCUUCGGCCGGCGAUUGGCGACACAGAAAAAGCCAAAGGCGAACCAAUUACCUCGUCGAGGGGGGAUGGGGGUUGGCAUUUUAAACGAUACUGGGUCCGACGACGACGAUCCGUAUUCGAUGGGUCCCCGGAUAUCCUAUAACCGUACCAUUGGAGGCGACAAGAAGAAAAAGAAGAAAUUGAAAGGCGGAGAUGAGAGUAAGACGGUGGCAAGCUCAGCAAAUCCCCUUGUAAAUAACAAGCCGGUUUUUAUUUCAAAGAGAACAGCUCUAGCUGGGUUCCGCAAGUGUCAUGACGGUCGUUUACCGCUUGACGGCUUUGUCCUUGCAGAUGCCAUAUCCAGCCUUUCUCUCUCUUCAGGGAAGACGUUUGCCCCUCCAGAUAUACCUUCAGGUUGGAAAUCUUCGAAAACCCCUGCUGAGGACAGGGAUUUGUCCAAGUAUAUGUCGACAGCUGAUGCUGCCAAGGCAUCGAAUCUUGACCCAAAAUCUCGGGCCGAGCUUCUUGGUGAAGAACAGCUUCCCGGAAAGUCCAUUUUUGAUUGGAUGACUCCGUCAGCCCGUGAGAGGCUGGUGAGAGCUACUGGCAGGACCGACCUUCCUCCAGCUUUAGGAGAGAAAGCACCCAAGGGCUUUCAAACAUCAGACGCCGAGAGGCGUAGAAACUUGUGGGAUUUGGUGCCAAAACUUGACAAGGCUGCUGCUGCCCAAGCUUUGAACAGAGCAGUCGGGGGUUGGAUGCCUUACUCAGACGAUGAAAACAAGAGAGCGCGUUAUCGCACGUUUUUGGAAGUGCAAGCAGGCUCCCGACAAUGUCUCCCAGAUCGCCUGCCGGAAUCAACAACAGAUGAAUGGGUUAGGGAAAUGCAGGAAUUUGCCAAGGCCGCUGAGGUUUUCAGACCAGUCUCUGGCGUCAUGGCUUCACGAUUUACAUCUGCUAGUUCAGCACCUCAAGUUACAUCCGACCAGCCGGAUUCUUCUACAAACGAACCUCUGCUCCGUCGCCCGCCAGCCAAGCCGGCAGAUCCAGCAGAGGAGGCGGCCAAUAUUGGUAUGUUUGGGCCAAUGACUCGUAGUACGCUAACGUUUUACCCAACUCGUCUCCUCUGUAAAAGGUUCAACAUUCGGCCUCCAGCUCACGUGCAUAUCGACCCGGGGGAUGUUCCGAACGGAGGGAGCACUGACGCAGCGAGAUCUUCGACGGGGUCCGCGCGCUCCACAGCCAGCGCACUGCUGGGACCUGUCUCUUAUGACACGGUAACCCAGCUUCCUCUGGAACCCCAUAUAGAAUCGUCUGGCAAAAUUAUACCUCCUCCGGCUGCAGAACAGAAACCGAUUGUCGUUGAGCCCGAGAGGAAUGAAGCUUUGGAAGGCGAACGACCUGGUGAAGCUGUCUUCAAGGCUAUCUUCGGCAGCGACGAUGAAGAGGAUGAAGAUGAGGAUUAG